AUGACCAAAGAGGAGAACCUGGAGAUGCAGGAAAAGGAGAGGCAUGAGCGCGAGGAGCAUGAGGAGGAAGAGGAAGAGGAGGAAGCCAGGGUCCAAGGGGAGGAGGACGAGGAACUGACCGAGGAUGAGGAGGAAGACGACCGAGACCAGCGGGAGGCGGAGGAUGAGGACGAGCGGGCCGAGGAAGAGCGAGAGGAGGAGGAGCGAGAGGAGGAAGAGCGGGAGGAGGAGCCGGCCGAGAACGAACCGCUGUCCGUGUCGGCGCUCCAGAGUCCCCUCCGAGAGAGCCGACGACGCCCCAUGGUGCACCCUUCGGCGCAGGCGCCCCUGCCCAAAAAUUACGCCUUCACAUUCUUCGACCCCAACGAUCCGGCCUGUCAGGAGAUCCUGUGGGACCCCCGGACCACCAUACCUGAGCUGUUCGCUAUCGUGCGACAGUGGGUCCCCCAGGUGCAGCACAAGAUCGACGUCAUCGGCAACGAGAUUCUGAAACGCGGUUGCCACGUAAACGACCGUGACGGUUUGACGGACAUGACGCUUCUUCACUACAGCUGCAAGGCGGGCGCACACGGUGUCGGCGAUCCAGCGGCGGCGCUGCGUUUAACCAGCCAGCUGAUGUCUCUGGGCGCGGACGUCAGUUUGAGGAGCCGCUGGACCAACAUGAACGCUCUGCACUACGCCGCCUACUUUGACGUGCCGGAACUGGUCCGAGUCCUGCUGAAGGCCGCUAAACCCAGAGUUUUGAACUCCACGUGCAGCGACUUCCACUACGGAACGGCUCUGCACAUCGCCGCCUCCAACCUAUGCCUGGGCGCGGUCAAGUGUCUUCUGGAGCAUGGCGCCAACCCCGCCGUCCGGAACGAAAACGGGCAUGUACCGGCAGAGGUGGUCCCGGACCCCAUGGACAUGAGUCUGGACAAGGCCGAAGCGGCCAUGGUGGCCAAAGAGCUGAAGCAGCUGCUCCUGGACGCCGUCCCGCUCAGCUGCAACCUUCCCAGAGCCACCUUGCCCAACUACGACAACAUUCCCGGGAACCUCAUGCUGUCCUCGCUGGGCAUGAAGCUGGGCGAACGUGUGCUGCUGGACGACAUGAAGAAGGGUACUCUUCGUUUUUGCGGGACUACGGAGUUCGCCAGCGGCCAGUGGGUGGGCGUAGAGCUGGACGAGCCGGAGGGCAAGAACGACGGCAGCGUGGGCGGCGUUCGCUACUUCAUCUGCCCGCCAAAACUCGGUAUCUUCGCUCCGGUGUCCAAGAUCACCAAGUCAGCGGAGCAGACCGCGUCCUCCGUCACAUCUACUCCCAAGACCCCCCGUGCGGAUCUGGCCUCACGCCUCACCGGGAAGACCAAGAAAGAGAAGGAGAAGAAAGAGAAAGCCCUGAAGAAGAAGUCGUCCGUCGUCAGUCUGGAUCCGGAAGGACUCAACGUCGAGGUCGGAGACCAGGUUUUGGUUGCCGGGCAGAAAAAUGGCAUUGUGCGCUUCUUCGGAAAAACAGACUUUGCUCCAGGUUUGUGGUUCGGCGUGGAGUUGGACCAACCCACCGGCAAGCACGACGGCUCCGUGUUCGGCGUCCGCUACUUCAGCUGUCUGCCUAAAUAUGGCGUAUUUGCCCCACCCUCCCGAGUCCAGAGGAUCGGAGGACCUCCAGAAGGCUCUCAGAAGAACAUGAAGAAAGUCCACCAGGUCACCAUGUCUCAACCCAAGCGGAACUUCAACGCGGUGGGUUCUCCGAAAGAUCUGACCUCCGAGAGCUCCAUGUCCAGGUUGCUCUUCUGCUGUUGGUUUCCGUGGAUGCUACGAGCCGAGAUGCAGUCCUAA